AUGGAGGGCGCGAUCCUCGCCCGGGAACUGGCGCGCACCGUGCUGCUGCUGCUGAGCCUCUUCCCCGCAGGUGGCGCACAGUCUGAUGUAGAGUCUUUACGGGUUGUGAAUAAAGGGGAGGAAUUAAGGCUGACAUGCAAUGAUGAGGGACCUGUGACUUGGAAUUUCCAGAACUCGGACCCAUCGGCAAAAGCAAGGAGUUCCAAUGAGAAAGAGUGGUACACCAAAAAUGCAACAGUCAGAGACAUAGGCAGAUACACAUGCAGAAGCAAAGGGAGUAUUGUCUCCUCUUACUAUGUUUUUGUUAAAGAUCCAAAUGUGCUCUUCCUUGUUGAUUCUCUGAUCUAUGGGAAAGAAGACAGUGACAUCCUGCUAGUGUGCCCACUAACAGAUCCAAAUGUUGCAAAUUUCACACUGAAAAAAUGUGAUGGCAAACGUCUCCCCAGAAAUAUGAUGUUCAUUCCCAAUCCCCAGAAAGGCAUUGUUAUAAAGAACGUGCAGAGGUCGUUCAAGGGCUGCUACCAGUGCUUGGCUAAGCACAAUGGAGUUGAGAAGAUGUCAGAGAAGAUUUUCCUGAAUGUGAGACCAGUUCACAAAACUCUUCCUGUCAUCUUCUUAUCAAAAAGCUAUGAGCUUCUCAAAGAAGGGGAAGAAUUUGAAGUCACAUGUAUAAUCACGGAUGUGGAUAGCAGUGUACAAGCUAGUUGGAUUUCUCACAAAAAUGGGAUUGUUACAAGCAAAAGCAGAAAUUUGGGUGAUUAUGGAUACGAAAGGAAAUUAACAUUGAACAUCCGUUCAGUGGGAGUUAAUGAUUCUGGAGAAUUCACAUGCCAAGCAGAAAACCCUUUUGGAAAAACCAAUGCCACAGUAACCUUGAAAGCUCUAGCUAAAGGAUUUGUCCGUUUGUUUGCAACAAUGAAUACCACAAUAGAUAUAAAUGCAGGACAAAAUGGAAACUUAACAGUUGAAUAUGAGGCAUAUCCAAAACCAAAGGAAGAAGUCUGGAUGUACAUGAACGAAACAUUACAGAACUCCUCAGACCAUGAUGUCAAGUUCAAGACCGUGGGCAACAACAGUUACACAAGUGAACUUCACCUUACACGAUUAAAAGGAACAGAAGGAGGCAUUUACACAUUUUUUGUGUCCAACUCUGAUGCCAGCUCCUCUGUAACAUUUAAUGUCUAUGUGAAAACAAAACCUGAGAUACUUACUCUGGAUAUACUUAGCAAUGGAGUUCUCCAGUGUGUAGCAGCUGGAUUCCCAGCCCCUACCAUAUACUGGUACUUUUGCCCAGGAACUGAGCAGAGGUGUUUUGAUUCACCAACAAUAUCCCCCAUGGAUGUCAAAAUUGGUUACACGAAUUCAUCAGCACCGUCAUUUGAACGAAUCCUGGUUGAAAGCACCAUAAAUGCCAGCAUGUUCAGGAGCACUGGCACUGUGUGCUGUGAGGCCUCCAGCAAUGGGGACAGGAGCUCUGCUUUCUUCAACUUUGCUAUUAAAGAGCAAAUCCGUACACAUACCCUUUUCACCCCUUUACUAACUGCAUUUGGAGUUGCUGCAGGACUGAUGUGCAUCAUAGUCAUGAUCCUGGUAUACAUAUAUUUGCAGAAACCCAAGUAUGAAGUUCAGUGGAAAGUUGUUGAAGAAAUAAAUGGAAACAACUAUGUUUACAUAGAUCCAACACAACUUCCUUAUGAUCACAAAUGGGAAUUUCCUAGAAACCGUUUGAGUUUUGGUAAGACCCUUGGUGCUGGAGCUUUUGGGAAAGUUGUUGAAGCCACUGCUUAUGGUUUAUUUAAGUCUGAUGCUGCUAUGACAGUAGCAGUAAAGAUGUUGAAAACAAGUGCCCAUUUAACGGAGAGAGAAGCCUUGAUGUCAGAGCUUAAAGUGCUGAGUUACCUUGGAAACCACAUUAAUAUCGUGAACCUGCUUGGAGCUUGCACUAUUGGAGGUCCCACUCUGGUCAUUACAGAAUAUUGCUGUUACGGUGAUCUUUUAAAUUUUCUGAGACGGAAACGAGAUUCAUUUAUUUGUCCAAAACAUGAAGAACAUGCAGAUGCAGCUGUUUAUGAGAACCUUUUGCAUCAGUCAGAGCCUGCAGCUGAUGUUGCCAAUGAGUACAUGGACAUGAAACCAGGAGUGUCGUAUGCAGUCCCACCAAAGGCUGACAAAAAACGACCUGUGAAGUCUGGAUCCUACACUGAUCAGGAUGUUACCCUUUCUAUGCCGGAAGAUGAUGAACUUGCUUUAGAUGUAGAAGAUCUGCUAAGCUUUUCUUACCAGGUGGCAAAGGGCAUGAGCUUCCUUGCCUCCAAAAAUUGCAUCCAUAGGGAUCUGGCUGCAAGAAAUAUUCUUCUAACUCAUGGUCGAAUUACAAAAAUCUGUGACUUUGGCCUGGCAAGAGAUAUAAGGAAUGACUCAAAUUACGUGGUCAAAGGAAAUGCUCGUCUUCCUGUGAAGUGGAUGGCGCCCGAAAGUAUUUUCAAUUGUGUCUACACCUUUGAGAGUGAUGUCUGGUCUUACGGGAUAUUGCUUUGGGAGCUCUUCUCUUUAGGAAGCAGCCCCUAUCCAGGGAUACCGGUGGACUCCAAGUUCUAUAAAAUGAUCAAAGAGGGAUACAGGAUGUUCAGCCCUGAGUGUGCACCACCUGAAAUGUAUGACAUAAUGAAGAGUUGCUGGGAUGCUGAUCCUUUACAGAGACCCACAUUUAAACAAAUUGUACAAAUGAUAGAGCAGCAGCUUUCAGAUAAUGCCCCCCGGGUUUAUGCCAACUUCUCAACCCCACCUUCCAGUCAAGGAAAUGCUCCAGAUCACUCGGUGAGGAUUAACUCCGUGGGCAGCAGUGCUUCAUCGACUCAGCCUCUCCUGGUACGCGAAGAUGCUUGA